CCCUGACGACUCGAACCAUCCGCCGCCACCACACACCGUCGUCGCCGUCGUCGCCGCAACUCCCGCCGUUCUUCCUCGCCGACCUCCACGGAACCGCUCCAAAGCCUUGGUCGCCAGCCUCCGCCUCCACGGAACCGAGGAAGAUUGCUCGUGUAUUCGCUUCAGAGCUCAGUUCACUGCAUUUCUGCAGUGUUUCUGCACUUCAGAGGUUCAGAUCCUACCUGUAUGCAGUGACCGGAUAGUUUUGAUAAUGGGAGCCCGCAGCCAGCUUUGGUCGAUCGCCAAGAUGUCGGUCACCGGGGGUGUAAUCGGCGUCACCAUUUCCGACCGCUACGUCACCGUGGUCGCGAUAAAGGGUCAUUCGAUGCAUCCCACCAUGACGGCCACCGACAGCGCCUUGCGAGGUGACAUCGUGUUAGCGGAGAAGGCCUGCCUCGACCAGUACAAAUUCUCUCGUGGCGAUGUGAUUUUGUUCAAAUGCCCUAGUAAUCAUAAGGAAGUGUUCGUGAAGAGACUGAUUGGCUUACCUGGUGAGUGGAUACAGCUCCCCGCGUCUUCUGAGAUAAUUAAGGUCCCACAGGGGCAUUGCUGGGUUGAAGGGGAUAAUGCUGCUAGAAGCUGGGAUUCGAGGUCAUUUGGUCCAAUCCCUUUAGGCCUAAUAAACGGGAGGGUGACCCACAUCAUCUGGCCGCCGUCGAAGAUCGGCAGAGUGGAGAGAAAAUGGCCCGAAGAUAGAAUCCCGCCGUUUUGAUUCGACUCCUCACUGCGUGUGAUGAUGAUCCAUCCAGUUUAGCCUGUUUUGGGGCUACCAGAAGUUUAGCUAGCCGUUGUUCACGUUUUGGUGAGAUUUGAGUUUUGCCUGUUUUGGGGCUACCAGAAGUUUAGCUAGCCGUUGUUCAAGUUUUGGUGAGAUUUGUUCUGAAAUUUCAUUUUGCCCACCAUUGUUGUUGCUGUUGCUUACUCGUGUAAACAAUUGUCUUUGAUUUGGUCAAAUGUAAAACCUCAAUCGAGGCCCUUCACAUUCAA